UAGGUGGUAGUGCGCCGCCAUUUUGUGUCUGACCGGGCUCCGGUCGCGCGGUUGCCGCUUCCGGUCGUUUUAUUUUCGUUUUUCUGGCGACGGCGCGAGGAGGAGAUGCCCCAGAAUCCGCUGCGAGUGGCGGUGGUGUGUUCGAGUAACCAGAACCGGAGUAUGGAGGCGCACAGUAUCCUCAGCAAAAAAGGCUUCAAUGUCCGUUCGUUUGGCACAGGAACACACGUGAAGCUACCAGGACCAGCUCCGGACAAGCCAAAUAUAUACGAUUUCAAAACUACAUAUGAUCAGAUGUACAGUGAUCUCAUUAGGAAAGACAAAGAACUAUAUACACAGAACGGAAUUCUUCACAUGUUGGACAGAAACAAGCGGAUAAAAUCUCGACCAGAACGUUUCCAGACCUGCAAAGACCAGUUUGAUCUAAUAGUGACCUGUGAGGAACGGGUAUACGAUCAGGUGCUUGAAGAUCUGAAUUCGAGAGAACAGGAGACAUUCCAGUCAGUGCAUGUCAUAAACGUGGACAUUCAGGAUAAUCAUGAAGAAGCCACAAUCGGAGCUUUCCUCAUUUGUGAACUGUGCCAAUGUAUCCAGCGGACUGAAGACAUGGAGAAUGAGAUCGAUGAACUUAUCCAGGAGCUGGAGGAGAAGAGCGGCCGGACCUUCCUUCACACUGUCUGCUUCUACUGAGGGCGGGGCGGUGGGCUCUGCGGUGCUGAUCUGUAUAUAAUUUAUAGUUUAUUUUAAGUUUGAACCGCUGCUCGGCGCUGGUACUGUAACGUGUAGCACAGUCUCCAUCUAACGAUGGUGCAAGGUGUCUCCACCAUGAAGCUUCAUUAAAACAGAAUCCUUGGUCAGA